AUGAGUUCCAUGGAAAUCGAUUUCAAGCAAUAUCAGCUCCGAUGUCAAUUACGAGGCCACGAAGACGACGUUCGUGGAAUAUGUGUUUGUGGAAAUGAAGGUAUAGCCACUUCUUCAAGGGACAGAACGGUUAGGUUCUGGUCGCUUGAUUCGUCAGAUAAGCGUAAGUAUGUUUCGUCUAAGAUUCUUUUAGGGCAUUCGAGUUUCGUCGGUCCAUUGGCUUGGAUUUCACCGGAUGAGGAGUUUCCGGAAGGUGGGAUUGUGUCAGGUGGAAUGGAUACUAUGGUUUUUAUUUGGGACUUGAGGACUGGGGAGAAAGUGCAGUCACUGAAGGGUCACCAAUUGCAAGUUACCGGUGUGGUAUUGAACGAUGGCGAUAUUGUUUCCUCAUCCGCUGAUUGCACUUUAAAACGAUGGAGAAAGGGUCAACCUGUUGAAUCCUGGGAGGCACAUAAGUUAGCCAUCCAAGCUGUAAUAAAGCUUCCUUCAGGGGAGCUAGUUUCAGGUUCGACCGACACAACCUUGAAACUUUGGAGAGGCAAGACUUGUUUGCACACUUUUACUGGGCAUACUGAUACUGUUCGGGGUUUGGCAGUCAUGCAUGGAUUGGGGAUUCUUUCUGCAUCACAUGAUGGUUCCAUUAUGUUAUGGGCACAAAGUGGUGAAGUAUUAAUGGUGAUGGUUGGUCAUACUUCCAUUGUCUAUUCAGUGGAUUCUCAUGUUUCUGGAUUAAUUGUCAGUGGUAGUGAAGACCGUUUUGCAAAGAUAUGGAAAGAUGGAGUUUGUAUGCAAAGCUUAGAGCACCCUGGUUGUGUUUGGGAUGCUAAAUUUUUGGAAAAUGGAGAUAUUGCAACUGCAUGUUCGGAUGGAGUUAUAAGAAUUUGGACAGUAGAUCAGGGUAAUGUUGCAGAUCCAGUGGAAAUUGAGGCAUAUUUUUCGGAACUUUCCGAAUACAAAUUGAGUAGGAAGAAUGUGGGUGGUCUGAAACUGGUAGAUUUACCUGGGCUUGAAGCUUUGCAGAUUCCAGGAACUAGUGAUGGAAAGACGAAAAUUGUUAGAGAAGGCGAUAAUGGUGUAGCUUAUUCAUGGAAUAUGAGGGAACAGAAAUGGGAUAAAAUUGGUGAAGUAGUUGAUGGUCCUGAUGACAGCAUGAACCGCUCUGUUCUUGAUGGAGUUCAAUAUGAUUAUGUAUUCGAUGUUGAUAUCGGUGAUGGGGAGCCUAUCCGUAAGUUACCUUACAAUCGAUCAGAUAAUCCUUAUGACACUGCUGAUAAGUGGCUUCUGAAGGAGAACCUUCCUCUUUCCUACCGCCAACAAAUUGUUGAGUUUAUACUUCAAAAUACCGGGCAAAAGGAUUUCAAUAUUGAUCCAACAUUCCAAGAUCCGUAUACUGGCGCGAAUGCUUAUGUACCUGGACAGCCAUCGUAUUCUUCUGGUAUGUCGGCUAAACCUACCUUUAAGCAUAUCCCCAAGAGGGGAAUGCUGGUUUUUGAUGCGGCUCAAUUUGAUGGCAUCCUCAAAAAGAUUUCAGAGUUCAACAGUACACUACUGGCUGACUUGGACAAAAAGGACUCGUCUCUGACAGAGCCAGAGAUAUCUAGACUGUGUGCUAUUGUUAAAAUUCUGGAGGACACAUCACAUUACCAUUCUAGCACAUUUUCUGAUGUUGACAUGGCCUUGUUGCUGAAAUUGCUGAAAUCAUGGCCACUUCCAAUGAUAUUUCCUGUUAUUGACAUUCUAAGGAUGAUUGUCCUGCACCCUGAUGGGGCGGCUGUACUUCUGAGGCAUGUUGAAGUCAAUGAUGUGAUAAUGGAAAUGAUUACGAAAGUCACAACUGAACCCGCAGUUCCAGCAAAUCUUUUAACCAGUAUCCGUGCUGUAACUAAUUUUUUCAAGAACCCGAGCUACUAUGGAUGGCUGCAAAAGCAUCGCAGUGAUAUUCUUGAUGCAUUUUCAAGUUGUCUUGCAUCUCCAAACAAGAAUUUACAGUUGGCUUAUUCUACACUGAUACUAAAUUAUGCAGUGCUGCUAAUUGAAAAGAGGGAUGAAGAAGGCCAAUCCCAUGUUCUUUCAGCGGCUUUAGAGAUUGCUGAACAGGAAAACCUAGAAGUAGGCAAAUUCCGAGCUUUAGUUGCCAUUGGAUCACUGAUGCACGAGGGUCUGGUGAAAAAGCUAGCAAUGGACUUUGAUGUUGUGAACAUUGCCCGAGCAGCAAAGGCUUCUAAGGAUGUCAAGAUUGCAGAGGUCGGAGCUGACAUCGAACUGUCAACAAAACAGAGUUGAAUCGUGUGGUUCCUCGAUAAGCCAAGGGUGGAGAAUUUGGACAGAUCUUCUGUGUAGUGAUCGGAUUGGAGAUUGUGGACGAAAAGCGGGUCGAGUAAUUAAUUUUAGCUGAUCAUAUACAGGGGGCUCCAUCUCAUGAA